AUGAAAAAUCACACAUCAGUGAGUGAGUUCAUUCUUCUGGGAUUAACAGAUGAUCCAAAGCUAAAUAUUUUGAUUUUUCUAUUUCUAUUUUUAACAUAUAUAAUGAGCAUAACUGGAAACCUGACAAUUAUUACACUUACUCUGCUAGAUUCGCAUCUUAAAACACCCAUGUAUUUCUUCCUUAGGAAUUUCUCCUUCCUAGAAAUCUCAUUCACAACAGUGUGUAUCCCUAGAUUUCUGGUCAGCAUUGUAACAGGGGAUAAAACCAUUUCCUAUAAUUCCUGCAUGGCCCAGGUAUUUUUCUUCAUACUUCUCGGUUCUACAGAAUUUUUCCUUUUGACUGCCAUGUCCUAUGAUCGGUAUGUGGCCAUCUGCAAACCACUACAUUACACAACAAUAAUGAACAGUAGAAUCUGCAACCAACUUGUUCUUAGCUGUUGGCUGACUGGGUUCCUUAUCAUUUUUCCACCUGUGAUCAUGGGGCUUCAGCUGGAUUUCUGUGACUCCAAUAUCAUUGAUCACUUCACUUGUGACUCUCUUCCAAUGCUACUUAUCUCCUGCACUGACACAGCAUUGCUAGAACUCCUGGGAUUUUUCCUGGCAAUCUUCACACUCAUGGUGACCUUAACAUUAGUGGUUCUCUCCUAUGUAUUCAUCCUGAAAACAAUUCUGAGAAUCCCUUCUGCAGAGCAAAGGAAAAAGGCCUUUUCCACUUGCUCCUCACACAUGAUUGUUGUCUCCAUUUCUUAUGGAAGUUGCAUUUUCAUGUAUGUGAAAACAUCAGCAAAAGAGGGGGUGGCUUUGACCAAACGCAUAGCACUGCUCAAUACCUCUGUUGCCCCGAUGCUAAAUCCUUUUAUUUACUCUCUAAGGAACCAGCAAGUAAAGGAGUCCUUUAAGAAACUGGUCAAGAAAUGUUUUUCAAAUAAGUUUUAG